UGUGGCACAAUGCAUUUCUCGACUACGGCACUCUUCACUGCUCUCUUUGCCGCAACUUCUGCGCUAGCCCAAACUGGGUUCUGUCCGGAAGCGGCGCGAUUUGGAGGAGUCAAGAUUUCGCCCUCUACUUUGUCGCCAGGGGAGACCUUCACCGUCAUGGCGAACUUAACCUGUGCCGUCCAGCUGGGCAACACGCCGACUUUCCUUGACUACUACGUCGAUGGCACCGCCACGCACGCGAUCUCUGGCCCGGUCCUCAUUGCGCGCCGCACGUACAACGGCACCGCCGCCGCGCCUGUGGACAUCUUCCCUGUCAAACUCCCGGAGUGGUUCUACUUCACGGACGCAACAUAUGCAUUCCGGAUGGUCAACAGCUUCGCGCGUGCGGGGCCGACGGGGGAGAGCGUCAUUACUAGCGGGAGUAUCUCGGUGGCGAUGAACAUUACGGGCAUUUGA